UUUUUGUUGUAUCAUUAUUUAAAAUAUAUAUACAAAUCAUUAACAAACAAAAUUGACAAUUAAUCCGUCAAUCAAAGGGUUAAUUGAAAAUAUCAAUCAAAAGUCAUGUAUACUGAAAGCAAUGCUAAUACCGGUGCCGAUAGCGGCAGUAAAUCUAUUGUCAGUAAUGAUAAUAAUAUUAAUAAUAGUAGCCAUAAAUCGGUAGAUAAGACAUCAUUGAAUAGGCAAUUGUCUGUCAAUUUGGACAAAAUGGAGAAAGUUUUGAAAGUAAAGGCCAAACGAUUUAAGAAAAGUUUAAACGAUUUCAAGGAAAAAGUACGGAUAGAGGCCAUGGAAAUGGAGAUCAAUCGAUGCGAUGAUAAUAAACGAUUGAAACAAGUGUUGGGCGGUUGGGCACUGGGACCCAAACAUAUGCACCAUUUGGCUACAAAACCCUAUGAAUAUAAUGCCAGUGCCGGCUCCUAUCUGGAGCUAUUGUUUUUGCAAAAAUUCUGGAUAUGGUUGGCUCAGUACAUACCGAUAUGGAUGAGCCCGUGUGUGAUAACUGCUACCGGUUUACUAAUAAAUAUUAUAACAUCUAUUGCUGUACUAUGCUAUGCACCUGAUGCCCGAAAUGAGGUGCCCACUUGGUGUUUCCUUAUAUGUGCAGUGGGCGUAUUUCUCUACCAGACAUUGGACGCACUGGACGGUAAACAGUGCUAUAAAGUACAGUGUACUCAGAUCGAGGAGGUCUACGAUCAUGGAUGCGAUGCCGUGUCCACUAUAUUUGUUACGAUGGCUGCGGCCUGUGCCGUCCAGUUGGGUCGUACACCUGAGCUACUGUUCCUGCUAUUCCUAUCAACAAUGAUUGCCUUUUUCUCCACCCAUUGGUUGUGUCACGUAACACAUCAAAUGGUUUUUGGCCGAGUUGAUGUGAGUGAGGGUCAGUGGGUUAUGAUAAUAGUGCACUUGUGUACCGCAUACUGGGGUCAACGUAUAUGGCAUACAACACUUUUUUGGGAUACUGGCCCACAAUUAUCCCAACUAUUAGCCAUACUUACCAUAAUAUCGAUGUCAGUGACAGUCGUACGCAACAUAUCAAUGAUUUUGGGCAAAAAGACACCGUUAGAUGAAAUGAAUGUUCAAUUGGUCAGACGUACCGAUAAUAUAUGGGCUCCGGUAGUACCGAUAGCCAUACUAACAAUAUUUGCUGUCAUGUCCUAUUCAAUUGGCUACUUUCAUGUCAGUCCAUUAUUAUUUAUUUUUACAUUUGGUUUUGCCUACGCUAAGGUUACCAUCAAAUUAGUGAUGAUGAACUGUUGCAAUGGUGACAUGGAUUACUGGGACAGUUCGCUAACAGCGCCGCUACUGUUGGCCACAAACACCCGAUUCCUGGCACUGUUACACCCGAAGACUGCACUGUUGUGCGCUUUUGUCUACUCGUUAAUGGAUUUGUCCCGUUAUUUUACAUACUGUUCGUGGGAUCUCCGGUUGGCACUCGAUCUGAACAUAUUUAGCAUCAAAUACCCGGUCGGACAUCCAAAAAAUCGGCGCCAAUGUCUCGGCUAUUAUGUCAAUGGUUUCAACAACGAUAUUGUGCUUAACAACAGCAACAAUAGCAACAAAACUGACAGCAAUAGUAAAUUAGUUGUUUAACAAUAAUAAUAAUUUUUUUGUUACACAACAAUCUGUGCCAAUAUUUUUAGUAUUUAAUUAUUUAUUUAUCAUUUUUAUUAUUAUUAAGUAUUUAGUAUUGUUUCUGUAGGUUUUGUUUUCUUUCAUUUAGUUAAAUAUCAUGUAUACUAAC